AUGUAUACGUUUCUUUGGAGAGUGGUGGUGUUCAGUCUAGCUGUUGUUGUCAGCGCUAGUAAAGAGAAUACUGAAGACAACAACAAUUUUGGAAUUGACUUACAAGCGUCUUGGGCCCAAAUUCCUUUCAAGUUGAACUUGCUCGAGAGUGUUGCAUCCCGUAAUGAAUCGCUUUACCUCCAGGUUUUGCCAAGGAUCAUUGGGUUUGUAGACUCCAACGAUUCUGAUGAUGACCGCGAGCCUGACGUUGACGGUGGAAAUGAAAUCAGCGAUGCCGCUAUAUACGAUGAAGUUCUUAGAAGCUUGAAUCUAGAUAGCAUUCAAGAAUCAUUUGUCAAUUUUAAUCUAGUCAAUAAGAUCUAUAGUCCAAGGGUUCAAGCACAGUUCAAAUACUAUAAUGAUGUUGUGAUGCCUAAGUACCAAGGCAAGUUGACUGAAAGUUGUUCCGUUGACUCGUUUGGUAAUGAAGUCGACGGGGUCAAGGAUGGCAAGUUUCCAUCGUGGGUGCAAUACAAUGAUAAGAUAUAUUGCUCUCCUGAUGAGCUUUAUGCCUUACAAACUGACUCUAAGUCUCUGAACGAAGAAAUCUUGCCGUUCGAUAGAGUGAUUGGCGCAAAUGGGGAAGCUCCGCUUUUAGUGCUUUACGGUGAUAUCAACUCCGACUCUUUUAUAAGCAUGUUUGAAAAUAUGUAUUUGAGUGCUAAAGAAGGCAAGUUGAGAUUUGUGUGGAGAUACAUUCCAACCCAAGAUCUUGGUCCAGAGUAUCUCGGUGGGUACGGUGUUGAUUUGACUUUGAAAAGAACUGAUUACUUAGCCGUUGACGACCGUAAUAUCAAGGAAAUAGAAGCAAAAUCAAGUAAAAAAACUUCAAACUCAAAAAAAUUGAAACUUGAAAAUGAUCUAAAUGCAAUUGCACAGAGUAAUGCAGAUUUACAUCCAAUCACUAAAGACCAAUUGAAAGACCUCGGCUCAAAGUUGGUCACAUUUAUACAAUCCAAUUCCUAUAAAGCUAUAAAAAAAUAUGAUUUGCUCAAAACUGUUCUUAAUGAUUUCCCAAAGUAUGCUUACUAUAUCUCUAAAUUGAAAAAUCAGAAACAGUUCCCUUUUGUAAACGAUGUGAUUGAGCAAAAUAGAAAAAUUGGUGCUUCAGAAGAUUCUAAUGGUAUCUACAUAAAUGGUUUGUCGAUUCCAAAAGAACAGUUUGAUUUAACCACUUUAGUUCAUCAGAUUGAAUCAGAAUUGAAAGUUUCCAACGAAUUAGUAGAAUAUGGCUUUACCAUUCCUCAAGCAAAAAAAUUAAUAACUAAAUUUGCCCUCUUAAGUGCAGUUAAAGAAUCCCAAUUUAAAACUGGUAACUCCCUUAUGGGUGAUAAUGAAAACAGAUUCAAGUUGUACGAACACGAAUUCGUCCCCAAUGCAAAAGAUAAGAAAGGUGGUGUCCUUUUCUUCAAUAAUAUCGAAACCGAAAGUAGUUACCUGCUUUAUUCUGCUAAUAGGCAAGAAAUGUAUAUUGGGCCUGGUGCUUAUCAAAUGCCCCAUGGCCAAAUUCCGGCAUUAAAGGAAAAUGUUCACGAUCUUAUUUUUGUUAUCAACUUCAGCCACAAGGAACAAUUGAAAGUUUUCUUUGCUAUGGCAAAAUUCUUCUUGGAUCGUGGUAUUCCUAAACAAAUUGGUAUCUUACCAUUGAUUGGUUCUGAUCCUAGAGAUGAGAAACUCGCUCAAUUGUUCUACUUCCUUGCUGAAAAAGGUUCUGCUAAAGAAUCAUUGGCUCUUUUGUAUAAAUAUUUCGAAACCACCAAUGUUGAUGAAGAAAAUGCUCUUUUCGAAACUAUCAAUAUUCCUGAAGAUCACAUUCAUAGUUAUGCCGAAUUCCGUGAUACUUUACAUAAAUUUUCUAUUGAUUCUCCAUCAGUUAUUUUCAAUGGUGUCAUAAAUGACUUGCAAGGAAGCACUUGGCAAAAGGAUAUGAAGAACCAAGUUGCUCAAGAUGUCAGACUUUUACAACAUCAUAUAAGACAAGAAACUGAUCAGGGUAAAAAAUUAAAAGAUAUCUUGUAUGAAAAUGCAAAAUCUGAAAGAAACCUUCGUGUUAUUCCAAAAGACCCGGCUAAUAUUUUAUAUAAAAGGAUUUCAAACGAAAUGUAUGAAAAAUCAGUUGGAUUUAAAAAAGAUCUUGAAAAUAAAGAACUUUCAGGAACGUUUUGGUUAAUUGGUGAUUUCAACGAGAAAAAGUUGAUCGAUCAGUUCAUAAUUAUCUUGAAGGUUAUUGCUAAAAGCUCAUCUCCAAACUCCAUGCAAAUAAGGGUUAUAAACACAUCCCAAAACAAUGACUUACUUGAUCAAUUACAAGAAAAAUUCAGCAACAAACCCUUGAAUAAAAGCAACACUAAAAAUCUUAUUGAUUAUAUUAAAGAUUAUAAGAGUGGCUCGCUGGAGUCAUUGAGGUCAGAAUCUGUAAGCAAGUUAUUAGAAGAAAACGAAUUCCAACUGCAUCAACCUUCACUUAUCUUCAAUUCCAGGUAUUUUAGGUUGACUGAGAUUUUCAAAGCAAAGGAACUCCAAACCUUGAUCGAGUACGAGUUUAAGCAAAGGUUGAGUAUCAUAAAAGACUUGGUAGAAGCAUAUCCAGAAGAUUUUUCUUAUAGAACAUUAUUUGACUUUAAUAGAAAUUCCGGGUCAGACAAUAUUGACUGGUUUGAUCUUGUUCUGUCUUCUAUCACCAAGAGUUUUUAUGUUGAUGAUUUCUUGAUUCUCCUGGAUGAUGUUGCCAGAUUUGAUUUUUCCUCGCUAAAUAUGAAUAACACAAUCGAUGUGGUUGAUUAUGAUAACAAGAAACCAAUAGAUAUUUUGCUUAUUAUCGAUCCUACCGAAGAAUAUUCACAAAAAUUGGUUAACGUGAUUGGAUCCAUUCUUGAUUUCCCAUUUGUUAACAUUAAAAUUUUAUUGCAACCAAAUGAGAAGAGCGAUGAAGAUGUAUCAAUCAAACGAUUCUAUCGAGGGGUUUUCCCAGCUUCAAGACCACAAUUUGAUAGUGAAGGGAACUUUGAUGUUAAGUAUCAAGCCAACUUUACCAACUUACCAGAAGAUCAAUUAUUCACUACGGAUAUUGAUGGGCCUCAUAAAUGGAUCAUAACAAGCCAUGAUACUGCACCUGAGAAUGUCGACUUGGAUAACAUUAAGUUAUCCAAUUACGAAUACACCCAAAUUUCAGGAAGUUACGAGUUGAAAAAUAUCUUAGUUGAAGGUUACGCUAAUGAUGUGAGAAUUGCAUUUCCAACAACCGGGUUAGAAUUAGAAUUGAUAUCUACUAAUGAUAAAAUUGAUACUAAUGUUAUGGCAACAUAUGGCUAUUUCCAAUUACCAGCGGAUGCCGGAAUAUGGACUUUGUCAAUAAAGUCAGAUAGUAUCAGCAGUAAACAUUGCUCUUUGUUAUCAGCAUCUUCUAAUAGAUACGUUGCAAAUGAUACCCCAUUGAAGAGCGUGCAAGUGCCUGUUUUUGACUUGAAUGGUAAAACGCUAUCAGUCAGAGUGACCAAGAACCCGGGGUACGAAAAUAAAAACUUGCUUAUUGAGCUUGCUAACGGAGGACUCGAACAUAAAGACGAGACUAAAGGUUCAUCAUGGUUCGGAUCAUUAAUCAAUUCUGGCAAGAAAGAGGUUAAGCCAAAACAGGCUGAUAUUAAUGUUUUCAGUAUAGCCAGUGGACAUUUAUACGAAAGAUUAAUGGGGAUUAUGAUUGCAUCCGUUCGAGCCCAUACCAACAAGCUGGUUAAGUUUUGGAUUAUUGACAACUACAUUAGCCCACAGUUCAAAAAAUUGCUUCCUAAAUUAGCGCAGAAGUACGAUGUUGAAUACCAAUUAAUUACUUAUAAAUGGCCAGUUUGGUUGACAAAACAACGUGAAAAACAAAGAACCAUCUGGGGCUACAAGAUUUUAUUUUUGGACGUUAUUUUCCCGCAAGACCUUGACAAGGUCAUUUUCGUUGAUGCUGAUCUGAUUGUGAGAAGCGAUUUAUCAGAAUUAGUUGACUUUGAUCUCGAAGGUGCUCCAUACGGAUUUACCCCCAUGUGCGAUUCAAGAGAAGAAAUGGAAGGAUUCCGUUUCUGGAAACUGGGCUACUGGACCCAAGUCUUACAAGGAGGAUUGAACUACCACAUCAGUGCCUUGUACGUGGUUGACUUGAACAACUUCAGAGCAUUAACUGCUGGUGAUCGACUCAGAAACCACUACGAUAGACUAGCCUCCGAUCCAAACUCCUUAUCCAACUUGGACCAAGAUUUACCCAACAACAUGCAAAAAUGGAUCAAGAUCAAAAGCUUGCCGCAAGAAUGGCUAUGGUGUGAGACCUGGUGCUCCGACCAAACAUUCUCCUCCGCAAAAGUAGUGGACCUAUGUAAUAACCCGUUGACAAAAGAGAAUAAACUCGAUCGUGCUAAAAGACAGAUUCCUGAAUGGACCAGCUACGAUGACCAAAUCCACGCCUUACAACACCCCGUCAGCGACUCCAGCGACCGCCCCGUCAGCGAACAUGCCCACGAUGAGUUGUAA